AUGCUUACGGUCUGGUUUCAACUGGGGUUUGUAGACAACGACCCUGUUAUCAAAGGCGAAUUGUUAGAUUCCCCUCCGAGGUUUUCUUUACCUUUUGGAAGGUUGGAGGAAGCUGAAUAUGGUGGGCAUGAUCAAAUAGAUUUGUAUGAUGAUGUCAUCUCUCCAUCUGCAAAUAAUGGAGAUGCCCCAGAAGACCGAGAUUACAUGGAUACUCUCCCACCAACUGUUGGUGAUGAUGUGGGUAAAGGAGCAGCACCAAAUGUUGUCUACACAUAUACUGGAAAGAGAAUCGCAUUAUAUAUUGGAAAUCUAACAUGGUGGACAACAGAUGAAGAUUUAACUGAAGCAGUUCAUUCUUUGGGAGUAAAUGAUAUUUUGGAGAUAAAAUUUUUUGAAAAUCGAGCAAAUGGCCAGUCAAAGGGGUUUGCCCUUGUUGGUGUUGGCUCUGAAGCGUCCUCAAAAAAGUUAAUGGAUCUGUUGCCUAAAAGAGAACUUCAUGGUCAGAAUCCUGUUGUAACUCCAUGCAAUAAACAGUUCCUGAGUCAAUUUGAAAUGCAGUCCAGGAAAACUACACAAUCAGGACAAAUGUCUGGGGAAGGUAAAGCUGGUCCUCCAGGAGGCAGUUCACGUGCAGCAUUUCCACAAGGUGGUAGAGGACGGGGCCGUUUUCCAGGGGCUGUUCCCGGUGGGGACAGAUUUCCUGGGCCAGCAGGACCAGGAGGGCCACCCCCACCUUUUCCAGGAAAUUUGAUCAAGCAUCUUGUUAAAGGAACUCGGCCUUUGUUCCUGGAAACUAGGAUUCCAUGGCAUAUGGGGCACAGCAUAGAGGAAAUACCCAUUUUUGGCCUAAAAGCUGGACAGACUCCACCACGUCCACCCUUAGGUCCACCUGGCCCACCAGGCCCACCAGGCCCUCCACCUCCUGGUCAGGUUCUGCCUCCUCCUUUAGCAGGGCCUCCUAAUCGAGGAGAUCGCCCUCCACCACCGGUUCUCUUUCCUGGACAACCUUUUGGGCAGCCUCCAUUGGGUCCGCUUCCUCCUGGUCCUCCACCGCCAGUUCCAGGCUAUGGCCCCCCUCCUGGUCCACCACCGCCACAACAGGGACCACCUCCACCUCCUGGCCCCUUUCCACCUCGCCCACCUGGCCCUCUUGGGCCACCCCUUACACUUGCACCUCCUCCGCAUCUUCCUGGACCACCUCCAGGUGCCCCACCGCCAGCUCCACAUGUGAACCCAGCUUUCUUUCCUCCGCCAACUAACAGUGGCAUGCCUACAUCAGAUAGCCGGGGCCCACCACCAACAGAUCCAUAUGGCCGACCUCCGCCAUAUGAUAGGGGUGACUAUGGGCCUCCUGGAAGGGAAAUGGAUACUGCAAGAACGCCAUUGAGUGAAGCCGAGUUUGAAGAAAUCAUGAACAGAAAUAGAGCAAUCUCAAGCAGUGCUAUUUCUAGAGCCGUGUCUGAUGCCAGUGCUGGUGAUUAUGGGAGUGCUAUUGAGACAUUGGUGACUGCAAUUUCUUUAAUUAAACAAUCCAAAGUAUCUGCUGAUGAUCGUUGCAAAGUUCUAAUUAGUUCUUUGCAAGAUUGCCUUCAUGGAAUUGAAUCCAAGUCUUAUGGUUCUGGAUCAAGACGUGAACGAUCAAGAGAGAGGGACCAUAGUAGAUCACGAGAAAAGAGUCGGCGUCAUAAAUCCCGUAGUAGAGAUCGUCAUGAUGAUUAUUAUAGAGAGAGAAGCAGAGAACGAGAGAGACAUCGAGACCGUGAUCGGGACCGUGACCGAGAACGUGACCGAGAACGUGAAUAUCGUCAUCGUUAGCAGCUGAAGGAAGAGGAACACCUUCCAAGACAAAACAGUCUUCAUGGGGGAAAAAUGACGCUUGUCCAGCAGUUUGCUUCUUGUGAUUGAACUGAACCUGUAAGGAUUCAUGGAUAAAAUGAACAGGAAUAGAUCUGAAUAAAGCAAAUCUGCAUAAAUGGUAACCAGUAGCUCUACUUUUAUUUUUUAUGUUGCUUAACUGUUUUAUUUGAAGGAAACCUGUGUGAUUUAAAAAGUUAUAGCUUUUGCAACUUUAUUACUGGUUAUAUACAUUUGGCCAUUAUAAUGUGCAAGCAAUUGGAAAAAACCGUCAAGUAAAUGCUUGUUUUUAUAGUAGUUUGUUCUUGUUAAAAAUGUUCAUAUGAUAAUGUCUGUAAACAGCACCACUUUGAUUACAAUAGAUGUAGUGUUGUAAUAAACUGUUUAAUGGGGCUGAUGUGUAAAGCUGUUCAAGUUAUUUGAUGUUUACACCUCAGGGAAAGUCUUGUGUUCAGCAAUAUCUAAAGAUAAUGUUACAAUGACAUUUAUACUGUCCUUUAAAAAAAGCAUUGCAAUAGCGUUUUUGGAUAUGCAUCAAUCUAAUCUUGCGUUCAGUGAAUUAAACAUACUAAUUAAGUGUCUCUUGCCCUUGAUUUUGAUAAUAGAAUAGGUGAUUACAUGGAUAUUUAAUAUUUCUAUAUUCUGCUUUUCUAGCUGUUUUUACCUAGUUAGCUUGUGACUUUGCUGAAUGAUAUAUAAACUUGUAAAAACUGAAAUUUCACAGACAUAGCGAUCCAGUCAAUGUGUUAGGGGUCAAAAAAUUUGUGGUUUUAUAAUAAUUUAGUAAAAACCCAUGUUGUUUGCUAUAGUAACAGCUUAGUUACAUCACCAGAUGUACUAAAAAGCUUAAUUAUAAACUGCUAGCAUUGAAGAAAUAUUUUGAUAAUACUGAUUUGAUGCAGCAGUUACUUGCUGUUUAAUAUUGGUAGUGCCUGUGGUUUAAUUUUGAAGCCAUGGGCAGUGUAAAUAUAAGUGUGCAGCAGACAAGUAUGAGUAAAGAGAGCUUAGUUUUAUUUUUCGGUUACUGUAGAUUCUGAAGGGGUGUGAUGUUUUAUUAACAUCAGGGUGUAUUCUCCUGUUUGUAUAAUAGGAGAUUUUAGACGUACUCUAUCUCGACAGCUUAAGAAAUUCUAUGUAUAGUCAAAGUCUAUUGAUUCAUAUUAGCCUUAUUGAGUUAAUCAAAGAUUUCUUUCAAACCUGCCUGUGCAUAUAGGUGCAGAUUAAAGCACGUGGCUAGCAUGUGUUCUUAAUUGCAAAAUUAGCAUAGGCAGAGUGUCAACUGAUAGACAUUUUUAUAGGAAGUUCAUUUGAAUCAUUCAGAAUUUAAGUUAAAAAUUCUUAAUUUUGGUCUUUUUAAGAUAUAAUUGCCUUUGCAAGAUAUUCUAAUAACACAUUGAUACUAUCUUGAAAGUUUAGUCAAAUUUUAGGAUGAUGAUUUAAAUAUUUAGGUACCCUGUAUUAUGUACUGUGCAGCUCUGAGAGCCCUCCAGAAAUUGCAUAGCAGUUCUUCACUUUCAUCUCCACUGACACACUACUUAGAUAACCUAGCUGUUUUCAAAUUAUUCAUAGUAUUGCCAGUCAUACUUCAAAAACAUUUUGUGAUUUAGAGUAUUUGUGCAUGGGAUCAUUAGUAUUUAUCAGAACUGUUUGCUUUUAAAAAUGAUUUUUCAGUUGUUUUAUCUUGUUGAAAAUGCAAUUGCCUUGUUUAAUAUUUGAGAGUUGUAAUCAAAUGCAGUUUCUUGUUUUAUGUAUAGAUGUUAGUUUUGUCAUUUCUUAGCUUUUACUUUAUUUUAAUUACAAUGCUCUAAAGCGAAGAACUAUGGACAUAAAUUUAUUCCAAGGGAAAUUAGUUAAUAAUAAGCUAAAAGGUAAGUAAACAUCCAUGAGAAUAAAAUUUUCUCUGAAAAUUUUUAAAAUGGAAUCUCAAAAAUCUCUGCUUGACCUUGAAACUGGAAAUUUCACACUAAUUCAAUUUUUCAUUUACUUUUUUUUUUUUUUAAUCAGUGGAACCCUUUAAUUGUUCAUUCUAUAUCACUCUUUUCCCUAGUUGGCUGAUCUCAUUAUGUGACUUUUGUUGCAAACAGUGUGAAUCUACUAGAAUUGUUUGCUGCUAGUCCAUUAUUGUGUUGUCAGAAGGAAGUGACUUUUCGGUUUUGUGAAUUUUUGGAAAACUUUCUCUACCUGAUAGCACAUUGAAUGUAUAGCAGUACAGAGUGAAAGUUGCAAGCCUUGUUUUUGUCCUUCAUGCCCCUUCUGUUUAUAGACUGAUAUUAUUUUUAAACUUUUGCUUUUUGAAAUGUGUAAAAACAAUCCAAAGAGGUAUUUACAUAGACGCCAAAAAAAUGGGAGGGGGAGCAGAGACAUUUUCAUUUCUUCAUAGUAAUAGUUACAGUGCAUAUGAAUACAAACAUUUAAUUUUAAACCAUAGCAUUUAAAAGUGCUAUGUGGUCACAUUUCCUUUCAGCUAGUAUAAUUUUGAAUGAGUGAUACAAAUGAAAGGUAUUGCUUCUGAAGCAACAUUUGAAUUGAACAUGUUGCUCUUAGUUAAUGAACAUACAUUGUGGAGAGGAUAUUUCGAUGUAAAUUUAAAGUUUAUAUUGGUAUCUAUAUGCAAAUUGGGAGUAAGUUGCAGUGGAUAUUGACUAUAGUUUAGCCCAGUUAGUGGCCCCUUUAUAUACCACAUCCUUAAUGAGUUCACAAAUGACUUAAUGAAUUGUAGGUUAAAGUAUUCAUUUAAUUCUCCUGUGGAGAAUAUUGUUUUGUGUUUUUACUAGUUUAAGGUCAGGCCUUAAAAUAUUAAUUAACAUGGAGGUUUUAAUGACUGUUGUAUAACAUUUAUGGUGAAAGGGAGAAAUUGUUGGAAGGGUAAAUGAUUUCUCUUUCCUUAUGUACUUAAUGUGCCAAUAACUCAAAUACAUAAUGUUUUAUACAAUGAGAUGCUACUGCAAGACUGUCUGUUGGAGUGCUCUCAACAUUUUGGUUUUCAUACCUAAAUGGUCAUUGCAUCUUCUGUAUCUGUGGUUCCAAUUUUGUGUUUUAAGCUUCAGCUGCUUAUUUUAAGAGGAAAUUUGUGUUCUGAUUUUUUUUUUACUGAGAAUACAGUAUUGAAAUUUUGCUGUUUUACAGAUAACUGCUUUUUAAAUUUUACUCAUUUAGUUCAUUGCAUCCCAUAGCCAUCUGUAAAUGUUCCGCAGUUGUAUGUACUUAAAUGCCGGCUUAUACAUUGUACAUAUUAGACAUUUUUGUGCUAAAAUACAUUAAGUGGGAUUUUGUAGCAAAACAUUCUUUUUUUUUUUCUUACAGUGUUGUGUGUAUUGUUUUUGUUGUUUUUUUCCCCCCAACAUUAACCUUCAGUUUAAACACUGGCAUUUUUUUUUUCCAACAACUUGACUCUUAGAAGCCUUAGACUAAUUUUUAAAUAGUCAACCAAAAAUUAAACACAAAAUUAUUAAGAUGUGGCCUUACAUGCUAUAGCAUUCCUUGUAUUUGUAAUGUGAGAGUUUUGAUAUAGAGAAAUCAAAAGGUUCAGGAUUAAAGUUCAUUUAAGUUAAAAUGAAAACUUGUUCAAAUGUCUAGGCUUCUGGGAGGAAGUUCUUGUACUCUUCUUUCUUGUCACUAGAAAGAAGCAGUAUAAAUUUUUUUAAAGACUUCCAAAUACUUAGGCAGUUGUAUCCUGUUCAGGUUGAUUUAGGUUUGUUUAACCAAUGUUUCUUUAAAAUUUCAGGUGGUUGGCAUUCGCUCUGAGUAUGCAGCUACUAUGGUUUUUGUAUGGGACAUAUAAACACUUGGCUAGGUAUAGGCAGAUUUCAAUGUUUUAAAAACUUACUGCUAUAUUAAUUAAUGUUGUGAUGGGGGCCUUUAAAAUAUUAGUUAGAGUUUAAUUGAAGUUACACAAACCUUGAAAUGGUAUCUGCAGAUAGUAAAUACUGCCGUUUUUCGUGUGGGAGUGCCCUAAAACUCCACCACAAGUGUAAAUGUUUUACAUUAAUUUCUUAAUUGGACAGACCUUGCAUUUAGUGAAAACAUUUCAUUUUGAAGAUGUGGGUUUUUUUUGUCACACUGUUACUGCGUAACACUUCUCGGCAUUUUGUAAGUUAAAUUAUUUUCAGAUACAAUGGUGAAUUCCUGUUUAUUUUUUUACUUUGAAAAUUGUAGUACUCAGGUGGUUAUUUAAUGGGGAAGGAUCCUUUGGGGGUAAAUCAUAAUGUAUUCUAAGGAAUGCAUCUAUAAUGUUGAUGACUUUAGCCUUAAAAAAAGGUCUUGUUACUCCUUCUGCCUCUUCAUCCCAUGGUAUAUUAUUAGCAAAGUAGUUUACAGCCUUGUACAGCCUUACAAAGUUGUUUUACAAUUUUUAAUGGAAAGCCCUUAACAACAACAACAAAAAAUUGUAUCAUAUCAGUAUCCAUGAGUUACUGAAUCACGGUUUGUAAAUAAUUUGUCUAAUACCAGAAGGCCAAAGAAAGUCUUACUAAAUUUUUAGCCUAUUGACUCUAUGGCGACUUCACAGUAAGAUUUCUGUGCAAAAGGUAAGGUGAUUUGAUCAAAUAGACAUCUUUUUGGUGUCCAUGAGAACUAGACUUCCAUAUUAGCUUCUAUUAAAAAACUCAUUCCAUUUUUAAAAAAUGUUUGUAACUGCAAUUUUGUGUUUAAUGUUUAUUUUCUGUCUUUCUUUCUUUAGCAUUUAGGAGACUGUUCAGCAGUUUGCUAUAUGGCCAUUGUUGGCCUUAAAACUGCACUAGUGACAAGCAUGGUAUUUAUCUUGUAUGAAAAUAAAAAACAGUUUUGAUAA